AGGUUUCCUUCGACUCGGCAUUUAAAUUGAGCUGCAGGGCAUCAGCUGCAGCUACAUCCAGCGCCGCGCUGUGACAGCUAAUAACCACCGGCACUCUUAUUUCUGACUCGUACACAGCAGAAAAAAAUAAUUUACCUUGAAGAGGUUUUUGUUGGUUUUGUGUGUCGGAAAGCGGGAGCGGUUCAACAAUAACGGUCUCUGCAGCUCGGUGCAUCAUUUUUGGGAUUCCUCUGCUCGCUCCUGGACGACAUUGAAUAGCGGUAUAAAACGUGAUGAGCAGGACAGACCUGGAGACAAAAGCCUUGAAUAGCUUUCAACUGGGCUGAAUAAAACGUGAGGCCAAACAUCAAUAUCACCACAAAGAACAACAACAGUCACCACCCAUUCAGCAGAGCAGGACAAACAACCUGACUUUCACCCCUGUGUUUGUGUCCUGGGACAGAUGUGACAACAAACAUCUAAUUUUACAUCCUUUUAAAAACACUUAAUCUUUUUGAGAAGAUAUUUUUUCAGUGUUUUGUCCUGUCAAAUUUCAAUAACCCUUUUAUUUAGAUUUAAAGGUGAACCAGAAGUUUUUUUAAUUGAACUAAAUCUAAUUUUCAUCUGACCCUGUAUCACCAAUUAGACACAUUAAGUGUGUUUGGAUUUAAGUUUAUUAACUUUUAGAAAACAUAAAUCUUUAAACUGUAGUGCAGAUUAUAGCUGCAUUUAAAUUGGAGCUGUUAAAAUCUUUUUUGUUCAUAUUGUCUGGCUCAUCAACGAGCAGCAUUUUUGAUCACUUGAACCUAUUGGAGGCCAGACAACUCUUAACAAUCAGCCACCAGAAACCAUGUUCAGCUGGCUUGGGACCGACGACAGGAGGAAGAAGGAGCCAGAGGUCUUUCAGACGGUCAGUGAUGGACUGAAGAAACUCUACAAAACCAAACUCUUGCCUUUGGAGGAGUCCUACAAGUUCCACGAGUUUCACUCCCCGGCCUUGGAGGAUGCUGACUUUGACAACAAACCCAUGGUCUUACUGGUGGGACAGUACUCUACUGGCAAGACGAGCUUCAUACGCUACCUGUUGGAGCAGGAUUUUCCCGGAAUGCGGAUUGGCCCCGAACCCACCACAGAUUCCUUCAUCGCGGUGAUGCACGGUGACACAGAGGGAGUCAUCCCCGGCAAUGCCUUAGUGGUCGACCCCAAGAAGCCUUUCAGAAAGCUGAACGCAUUUGGAAACGCAUUCCUCAACAGGUUUGUGUGUGCCCAACUGCCUAAUCCAGUGCUGGAAAGCAUCAGCGUGAUUGACACACCAGGGAUUCUGUCAGGAGAGAAACAGAGAAUCAGUCGAGGCUACGACUUUGCAGCUGUCUUGGAGUGGUUUGCAGAGCGAGUGGACAGGAUCAUUUUACUGUUUGACGCCCACAAGCUGGACAUCUCCGAUGAGUUUUCAGAGGUGAUAAAGGCCCUAAAGAACCAUGAAGACAAGAUCAGGGUUGUGCUGAACAAGGCUGACCAGAUAGAGACGCAGCAGUUGAUGAGAGUGUACGGUGCCCUGAUGUGGUCACUGGGGAAAAUAGUCAACACCCCUGAGGUGAUUCGUGUCUACAUCGGUUCAUUUUGGUCACACCCUCUGUUAAUUCCAGACAACAGGAAGCUGUUUGAAGCAGAGGAACAGGAUUUAUUUAAGGACAUUCAGUCAUUACCGAGGAAUGCAGCCCUAAGAAAACUCAAUGAUCUGAUCAAGAGAGCCAGACUAGCCAAGGUCCACGCCUACAUCAUCAGCGCACUGAAAAAAGAGAUGCCUUCUAUGUUUGGAAAGGACAACAAAAAGAAAGAGCUGAUCAGCAGCCUGGGAGAUAUCUACAAGCGCAUUGAAAGAGAACAUCAGAUAUCACCUGGAGAUUUUCCAAAUCUGAAGAAGAUGCAGGACCAACUUCAAGCUCAGGAUCUCAAUAAGUUCCAGCCCAUUAAGCCCAAACUCCUGGAGGCAGUGGACGACAUGCUAGCCAAUGACAUCGCUGGCUUGAUGGUCCUGGUCCGCCAAGAGGAAACGCAGCGCCCCAACGCAGUUGUCAAGGGUGGUGCCUUUGAUGGCACCUUGAACGGCCCAUUUGGUCAUGGCUAUGGCGAAGGAGCCGGCGAAGGCAUCGACGAAGCAGAGUGGGUUGUCGCACGUGACAAACCUGCUUACGAUGAGAUUUUCUACACAUUGUCUCCUGUCAACGGGAAGGUGACGGGAGCAAAUGCCAAGAAGGAGAUGGUGAAGUCAAAACUGCCCAAUACAGUGCUGGGAAAGAUCUGGAAGCUGGCAGAUAUCGAUAAGGACGGGAUGCUUGACGAUGAGGAGUUUGCAUUGGCCAAUCACCUCAUCAAAGUGAAACUGGAGGGACAUGAACUGCCGUCAGAUCUGCCAGCACAUCUGUUGCCUCCUUCCAAGAGGAAAAUACCUGAGUAAAUGUAAGCUUGCCCCAUUCCCCGCAAACAUGUAAGUACACCCCACCUCCCUCCAGAGGAAAAUAUUAAAAUAGGAAACUACUUGUAGCAUUAUACUGAAAAAGUCCAAAUAUGAGCAGGAUAUAUUUGAACAUAAAAUACCCUCUUCCCAACCUUCAAGCUCUCUGUUAUCCAGCAUCUGCAGUUUUUCAUUACCUUCAGGAGGCAAAUAUUACUAUGAGAUACUCAGUUACAUUCAAAUGUUAAUUAGAUUGAUAAAUGCUAAGCAACUGUUAGCAUAUUAGCUUCAAACUUUUGUGUGAUUUAGUACAUUUCUAAAGUGCUGAAUUAUCUUUUUACUAGGGUAGAAAAAGUGGAUCAGGUCAGUUGCACAAAUCAAGUCUUUAGCCCAGCGUGUUUAAAUUGGAGACAUAUGGAUUUGUUAGGUAGGAUGGGUGUUGGAGAUGAUAGGACAGCUGAUAUGAUAAUUAGUAAAGAUAAGCAAAUUUAAGAAGUCUAAAGAUAGAAACAGCCUUAUAGAGCAAAAUAUGAGUUGAUCUAAACUACUGGAAGAAAAUGGGAGAGACCAGACAAUGUGAAAACAAAAAGAAGAAAGCAGACAGAUCAUUUUGGGAUAAGAAGCACCAGGAUAUACAUAUGCAAAUAAACAGUUUAUCCCUAUUAAAACUGUAUGGAUAGUAAUCAAUACACUCAUUUUGACCAGUGUUCCUCAUGAGAGCCGGAGCAUUUCACUGCUCUUGUACUCCAAGGUCCUGAAUUGUUUCAGUCUCCUGGCAUGGCUGAGUGUUGUGGCUUUUGUUUCAUGGCAGCAUAUUAAACAACUACAAAGACUUCCUGGCUGGUGGUUUGAGAAUACACAGAAAUACAAAAGGGUAGAAACACACACACACACACACACACACACACACACACACACACACAGAGCACCAAACAGAUUGAAUGGUGUACUAGAAGAAAAUAGAAGAGCUCUAGAAGUAUAACACCUUUAAAUGACCAUAGAAAGAAAAUAGCCUGAAUCAAUUAUCAUCUUUUAAAAACAUUGUGUAACAUGAUUUGCUGAUGUUAAUGUUUGUGUGCGGGUUGGAGUUCAUGACAUCACCUUCAUUUACUGUAGCACCUGGAUGGACAACAAGGGAAGAAGAUGUCUCUCCAAUGUGAAACUAGCAGGGGAAGAAGUGGGUUUUAUUAUUUUUAAAACAUUUUCUGAAUUCCAUUAACACGUUUGAAAAAUACUGUGACUAUAAUAUGACUCUAUAUUAAGGGUAUUGUUUAUUGUAUAGGAUGUUGAAUGUUCAGAUGUUCAUUGUUCUGUGUGGGCACAUCUUGAUUAUUGUAUGUAUGUAUGUAUGUAUUCAUAUGACCACAUGGAUCAGUGUUAUUAUUAUUUGUAACGUAAAUGUAUUAAGUCUUACACAUUACACAGGCUACUGAGCUGGGAGUUUUCCUGAGGGUUAUUAAUUGAAAAUUGAUUAAUCAGUUAUUUCUCAUCUUUUGGAGGUAAUCUAAACUAACCUGUCGGUUCAGAGAGUGAUCACAACUUUGUGAUGGUAGCGAACACUAAACCACACAUUUUUCCGAACUUUUUUUGGUUUGUAUUUGAAGGAAAUUUGGCUUUCCGUUUCAUGUAUUUAAAUUGUAUACAUGUAAUAAAUGUGUUGUUCUGAUAUAGCGAUCUGCCAGUAUGUACUGCUGUUGUAAGUUGAAACACUAAACUCACCAAAUUUGGAUUCCAAUAUGAUAAGAAAUGUUGAGUAUGUAUUUUAUGAAUGAGAUAGUAUUUACACAAUUUGAGCUACAAGAAUUAACUUAAGUGAAAUAUUUGCAGUUUAUGGCCCUUUCAUGUCCCUCCUUGUGCGUCUCUGUGCUGUUACUGUGAAUCUAAUGUACAUAAGAAGACUGCUCGCAUUCCUCAAGCACAGAUUGAGAAAUCAUCCACGUGAUCUGGAGCGCUGAAAGCACCAACUAGCUCAUAUUUCAUAGACGAGCCAGAUCAACACAGUAAAAUGUAAAAAAAAAAAAAAAAAAAGAUGCUUUUUCAAGCUGCUGCUUCUCUGCAAAACCAAGUCCUCCAAAAGUUGUUUUCAUACCCUGAUGGAUGGCAACAUGGACUGUCUACUGCUAAACACAGUACACUAAAGUGGAAACACUGGCGUUACAUAUUUUGAUUUUUUAAAGAUGGUUAUGCUUUGCUGAAUCUGUAUUUCAGAGCUUUUCUGUCAACAUAAACAGCAGUCCGAAAGUAUAAUAAAGUUGAAUUU